GCUAUUUAUAAUCAUAGCUAAUGAUUAUUUUUUCAGUUUAAAUAUUAAGACACUGCAGGUACACACAUUUUAUACAUAUUUGAGUAAGCUUUAGCAAUUCAUCUAGACAUUUAUUAUACUUCUGAGUUUUAGUUUUAUUUACAAUUUACAUGUAAACUGUUCAAGACAUUUUGAUAAUGGCAGAGGGUAGUGAGUCUCCAAUCCAGGUAAGGGAUAAUGUUAGGGAUAGUGAGAAUGAGCCAGCCAAAGAUCAAGCUAGAGACACUGAAGCUCAGCAAGAGGAAGUGCAUCAGCCAAGACGCGGUGAACGAGUCCGUAAUCUAACAGAGAAAGGCAAAGAAAUGCAAGAUACGAAAAUUAAAGCACUGCAACAAAGAUUUAAUUACAUUAACCAAAAAUGGAGAACACAAGUUAAACAAGCUAAGCAAGCAUUAUCACAAUUAUCAGAUUCAUUAGAAGACAGUCUGCUUCAUGAUAUCAUUGGUGACGUCAGAGGCCUUUGUGCAGAUGUCCAGCGUGCUUAUGAAGAGCUGCGCGGAGUUACAACACCAGACCAAGACACACGUCGAAGAGUGGAUUUGUGUGUAGAGAUUUCCAGCUUCAUCGUGUCCAAAGCCUCAAAUCGGUUUAGUGGGAAGACGCCAGAGGGAGAAGAACAAGGUUGGCCAGAUGCAGGCUCUCUUUGGGACUCAAGCAUUAGCGAAUUCGGAACUGUCCCCUCUAUCUUAAAGGUUGCCUCAGUGCAUUCAAAUAGGUCUUCUGUGAAACAUCAAGAAGCUGCCGCUGACGCUGCUGCAAGCCAAGCUGUUCUGGAAGUGUUGCAAGAACAAGAAAGAGAACAGUUGGAAAUACAGCGCCUGGAGGAAGAGGUUAAAAGGAAGAUUGCUGCUCAAGAGGCCGCAGCUCUAAAGCGUCGCUUAGAACAAGAAGCAGAAGAGGUGAAGCGAAGAAUAAAGAAAGAAGAAGAGGAUGCUGAAAUGAAAGCUAAGCUGGAAGAAGAGCAUAUGGCUAUACAAAGAACUCUUGAGGAAAGACGGAGAAGAAUAAAGCAGUUGGAGGCCAUGAAGGAGCUCAGUGCAGCGCAAGCAAGAAUGCAAGUGUACAAUCAAGAGCCAAAAGACAUCCUAGGCCAUCGGUUGGUUGCAGAUAACCAGCCACGGAGCCCCCCAAGACACCUGCCCCUGCCUGUGUUUCCUGCCCCUCAAGCCGUCACUUCCUCCACGAGUGAAAGCACACAAGAGCUUGUCAAGAUCCUGGCAGAUGCUUUAAUGAAGUAG